CUGUUUGGCGUUAUAGUUUAAAAACAGUUUUUACUUUUUAAAAUGAGAAAAUUGCAUUUUAAAAAUAAGUGGAGGUGUUUGGCUAUAAUUUUUAAAAAGUGUUUUUAAAAACUGGAUUAAAAAAAACAAAAACUCAGAGAACAUCCAAAACCUGUUUUCUGAAUUCUAUAAAAUACUUCUCAAAAUUAUUCUCCGUGUUCUCAAACUCUGAGAUCUCCUUCAGUAUCAAUGGCUCCUCUCAAUCAGGUAUUUUCUUCUUCUUCUUCUUCUUCUUCUUCUUCUUCUUCUUCUUCUUCUUCUUCUUUCCCCUAAAAGCUACAGGUCUUCUCUUCUUCUCUGCCUUAAAAACUAAUUACAGGUCUUCUUCUUUUUUUCCCUAAAAUCAAUCUUAUGCAUAUUGUUCAAUGUGAUUAUUUAUAACUCUUAUCGAUUUAUGAAUUGGUCUUUCAAAUUUUUUGAUUUACUUUAAUUAGGUUUAAAUUUGAAAUGGGAUUAGUCUGGAUCUGAACUCUAAAGAGAAGACAAGUUGAUCAACAAGAUUUGAAAUGAGUAUGACAACUGAGAAUAUAGAUGAUGAUACAUGCUUGUGGGGACCAACUAUAGAGAAAAUAUUUAUUGAUAUCAUGGUUGAUGAAGUGAAUAAGGGAAAUAUGACAAGUGGUCAGUUUAGCUCAAAGACAUCGGCAAGAAUUCUUGAGGAUUUGCAAAGUAAAAGUAAGCGAAAGUAUGUAAUGAAACAAGUUAAGCAAAAGUUUCAUAGGUUACGCAUCAGGUAUCGUGAGUUUUCUGAAUUGUCGAAACAAACUGGAUUUGGAUGGAGUCGUGAAAAAGAUACUGUGAUUGCUCCUGAAGAAGUAUGGCAGAAUUAUAUAAGGGCACAUCCAAGGGCGGCACAAUAUCAAAAAAAAGGAUGUGAUCAUUUUAGAUUGUUGGAACUAAUUUUUAGUAAAUCAACUGCGACUGGUUUACACCAUCGUUCUGCUGCUUCAGGUCCACCCAAUACUAAUGAUGAAAGGGAGAUGGAAAAUGAUUUAGAUCAUGUAGACAUACAAGAUAUUGAUGAUAAUGAUAGUGCUAGUUGUAUAUGCUCUCGUCUUGUUGAUGAUAUUUUUAAACGUUCAGCAAAAAAUUCAGCAACAACAAGUGUAGAGCGAGUGAAAAGACAAAGAUCACAACAAAUGAGUGAUGCGAUUGUUGCAUGGACUGAGGUAGCUAAAGUAAGAGCUGAGGCUACUUUAGCUAAAGCCGAAAAAUACAAGAGUAAAAGUGAAGUAGGAGGAAGUCAAAAAGAUGAAUUUUCUCUCACAAAAUGCAUGCAGAUCCUUGAAGGAAUUGAAGGAGUUGAUGAUGAUAUUUACAUGAAAGCUGUCGAGAAGUUCAAAGAUUCGGAUUGGAGAGAGAUUUUUAUUAAUAUGUCUACUGCUAGAAAGAGGGCUUGGCUAGAUAGGCUUUGA